AUGAGACUCUGCUUUAAUACACUCAUCUAUACAUUUUUGCUGGCUGUCCUCGUCCUCGCUACAGACAAUGGCUUGACCACUCAAGUCACCUGGGACCCCUACAGUCUUAUGGUUAAUGGGAAGCGGCUUUUCUUAUUCUCUGGCGAGUUUGCUUAUGAAAGAAUGCCUGUGCCAGAAAUGUGGUCCGACAUUUUCCAAAAAUUCAGGGCGAAUGGAUUCAAUGCGGUCAGCCUGUAUUUCUUCUGGUCCUAUCACUCUGCAUCUCGUGAUGUGUUUGACUUCAAAUCCGGAGGCAAAGACAUCCAGAGGGUCAUAGAUGCAGCAGCAGAGGCCGGUUUAUACAUCAUAGCACGACCAGGGCCAUAUGCGAACGCCGAGACAAAUGGAGGCGGUCUAGCACUGUGGACUAGCGAUGCACCAGGGAACUAUCGAACCUCAGAUCAGACUUAUUAUGAAGCCUGGGAACCAUGGAUGCGAGAAGUCAACAAGAUCUUAGUCAAGAACCAAAUAACAAUGGGUGGCCCUAUCAUUCUCUACCAGAUCGAGAACGAGUUACAGGAGACCGUACACAAGGCUAACAACACACUCGUCACCUACAUGGAGCAGCUCAAGAAAUCUGUCAAGGAUUCUGGUAUUGUAAUUCCGUUGACGCACAACGAGAAAGGGCAACGAAGCCAGAGCUGGAGCACUGACUACCAGGAUGUAGGAGGCGCAGUCAACAUAUACGGUCUAGACAGCUACCCGGGAGGUUUGAGCUGCACUAAUAUCGACUCUGGCUUCAAUCUGGUCCGGAACUACUACCAAUGGUUCCAGAACUAUUCCUACACCCGGCCAGAGUUCUGGCCCGAGUUUGAGGCCGGUUACUUCACGUCGUGGCAUGGAGUGUUCUACGAUAGUUGUCUAGCGGAACACGACCCUGCAUUCGCCGAUGUCUACUACAAGAACAACAUAGGCCAAAGAGGAACACUCAUGUCACUGUACAUGACAAUGGGAGGCACUAACUGGGGAAAUCUGGCCGCGCCUGUUGUGUAUACGAGCUAUGACUAUUCUGCACCCAUGCGUGAGACUCGUGAGCUUCAGCUCAAGAUGUCACAGACAAAACUGAUUGCAUUGUUCACAAGAGUGUCUCAGGAUCUUUUGUACACCAAUAUGGAAAGCAAUGGUACUGGUAACGCUGUGUCAACGCAAGAUAUCUGGACCUGGGUUUUGAGAAAUCCCAACACGACUGCUGGAUUUUAUGUGACACAGCACUCAAAGUCGAGUUCAAGAGCUGUGACGGACUUCUCAAUCAAUCUUCAGACAUCACUAGGUCUAAUUACUGUACCGGGUGUUCAGCUCAAUGGCCGUCAGAGCAAGAUUGCCGUCACGGACUAUCAUUUUGAAAAGCAUACUCUGCUAUAUUCAUCUGUCGAUAUCCUGACAUAUGGUCUGUUCGACACAACAUCAGUUCUUGUGCUGUAUCUUGAGGCUGGCCAAGUUGGUGAAUUUGCUUUCCCUGGGAACGUCUCUAGCACAUCAUACGGCAACACAAGCGUCACAACAUGUCGUAUGAAAGCCAACGGUACCUCGUAUUACACCAAAUUUGUCUAUAAGCAAACGACUGGCAAGACCGCUAUUCAGAUGUCAAACGGGGUCAUGGUGUAUCUCUUGGAUGUGUCAACAGCCUGGUCUUUCUGGGCACCAGUCACUACCUCGGACCCCAAUGUUGCAGCAGAUGAGCAGAUAUUUGCUAUAGGUCCUUACCUCGUUCGUAAUGCCAGUGUUAGCAGCAAUGUCGUCUCUGUAAAUGGCGACAACACCAACUCAACUACACUUGAAGUCUUCGUUGGCAAUGCAAAUGUUGACACAAUCGCCUGGAAUGGUAAAAGGCUUGCUACGAAGAAGACUGCCUAUGGUGCUCUCACAGCUGAUCUCACAAGCGUUCUCGACCGCAAGGUGACUAUGCCGAUUCUUUCUGGCUGGCAAGUAGCCGACUCCCUACCCGAAGUUGCAAGAGACUAUGACGACUCGUCCUGGGCUGUAUGCAACAAGACAACCACACUAGCCCCAGUGAGGCCACUCUCGCUCCCUGUACUCUACAGUUCAGAUUAUGGUUAUUAUGCCGGCGUCAAAGUCUACCGUGGCUACUUCGAUGGUAAGACCGCUGUAUCAGCCAAUUUGACAGCACAGGGCGGCUCAGCCGCAGGUUGGAGUGCCUGGUUGAACGGCAAACUUGUUGGUGGCCAUCCAGGAAACGCUUCACUCCUGUCAACAUCGGAUGUGCUUGAUCUCACUAGGGCAACACUCUUUGAUAAGGACAAUGUACUGACAGUGGUGACUGACUAUACUGGUCACGAUGAGACAUCUACUGGCAAAGGUGCUGCAAACCCUCGAGGUCUCUUAGGUGCAGUCCUUAAAAGUUCUGAAAAUGCUACCGUCGAUUUCAAGCAGUGGAAGAUCCAAGGAAAUGCCGGGGGAUCUGCCAAUAUUGACCCAGUCAGAGGACCUCUGAAUGAAGGUGGUCUGUAUGGGGAACGUCUCGGAUGGCACCUGCCUGGUUUCAAGCUCUCUGGCAAUGGAUGGUCUGUUGGUUCUCCUGCUGAAGGCCUCAACUCCAGCGGCAUCAGAUGGUACCUUACAACGUUCGAGCUUGGCAUCGAUUUAGAUCUCGACGUACCAAUUGGCCUCGAGCUGUCUGCCCCUUCGGGUACUGUGGCUAGUGUGCAAAUCUAUCUUAACGGAUACCAAUACGGAAAAUACAUCCCUCACAUUGGGCCACAGACACGAUUCCCCUUCCCACCUGGAGUCAUCAACAACCAAGGCAGAAACACGCUUGCUUUGAGCGUUUGGGCAGAGACAGAUGCGGGCGCAAAGCUUGAUAAUGUUUCAUUGUUUGCCUACAAUGUCUACGAGACUUCGUUCAACUUUGCGCAGGAUUGGACUUAUUUGCAGCCAGAGUGGACAAGCGAGAGACUCCAAUACGCUUAA